GAUGGCGGCGGCGGCCAUGGCUGGAGAUGGUGGUUUGGACAAAGCCCUUCUUUGGAUGAAUUCUUCUCUCGCCAAAGUAUUGACACGCGAAUCUGUGAACGAGUCAAUGCCCCCAGACCUUAGAACUCUGCUGUUUCAAGGGGAGAACCUGUCUAGCUUUCUGCGCGAUUACCACAACUUUAGUAUUACGAAGAAGUGGGAUGAGAAGGCGAUGUUGACCAUGUUCCCUUUGUUCGUAUGUGAGGAGUUGGGCGACGAAGUAUACGAUUUCAUGCUGAGAUUACGAACGUGGAGUGAACAGGAAAGCUCGUUGAGCUCGAGAUUUCCCGAGCACGAAAUCGGCGGUCGUUAGUGUAAUGACCCCAAUCGAAUAAUCGGUG